UUGUGAGACAGACUUUUAAAAUGGAUUAAAAGGUUGGCACUUUUGAGCUUGUGUGCUUUUAUUUUGAAGGGCCGCAGUGCGCUACACUAUAUUGUUUACGAAUGUAACAGACAUACUGAAAAGACUCGCUAAACUCGUUUGGAUAAGUCACGAGUUAGUUUACUGUUUGAUACUUCAUCACGUAAACUCAGUCUGCGUGACUUUGCAGCUUUUGGUUAACCUGGAUAUCAUCUUGUCAUGGCGAUAAGACUUUGUGGUGUUUUUAUACUGGUUGCAGCUUCUAUUCACGACUGUGAUGGGGUCCUGCGCUUCGCUUCCUACUAUAAAGACCACAUGGUGCUGCAGAAGUCUCCAGAGAGAGCUGUAGUUUGGGGCUAUGGAUCCGAGGGGGCACAGGUGAAAUUCACCUUGUCAGGACAACACCAACAGAAAAUCUCGCAGGCCACAGUGACAAACGGUACCUGGCGGGUCACUCUAGACCCUGUUGAAGCUGGAGGUCCCUACAAUGUGACAGCAGCCGUGCAGAACAUCACAGCUGUUCUGACAGACGUGCUGUUUGGAGACGUUUGGCUGUGUGGAGGGCAGAGCAACAUGUUGUUGAAAUUAUCUCAGAUCUUCAAUGCAUCAAAGGAGCUGAAGAAUGCAGCACAUUAUCCUCAUGUGAGGACUUUUAUGGCAUCCCUGGCCCAGAGCAAAACUGAGCAAACUGAUUGGAUUCACGUCCAAAUUCCCUGGUCUGUGCCGCCAUUAUAUCUGUCCGGAUUCUCUGCAGUGUGCUGGCUCUUUGGGCGUGAUUUGUAUGAUAAGCUGCAGUACCCCAUAGGACUGGUGGAGUCCUGUUGGGGGGGCACACCUAUCGAAGCCUGGUCCUCUCCAAGAGCACUACAGCACUGUGGACUACUACAGCAGCCUGAUGAUGGUCCCAAAGUAAAUUCAGUGUUGUGGAAUGCAAUGAUCCACCCACUGCUGAACAUGACCAUCAAAGGAGCCAUCUGGUACCAAGGUGAGGAUAACACCAUUUAUCAUCAAGAGAAGUACAACUGUUCCUUCCCUGCUAUGAUUGAUGACUGGAGGAUGGCGUUUCAUCAGGGCUCAGGAGGGCAGACGGCCCUCGAUUUCCCUUUUGGAUUUGUCCAGCUGUCUACCUCCAAAAAAAACUCAACUAGUGACGCCUUUCCAAAUAUCCGCUGGCACCAGACAGCAGAUACCGGCUUUGUCCCAAAUCCCCGGAUGCAGAAAACUUUCAUGGCUGUGGCUAUGGAUUUGCCAGAUGAAAAAUCUCCCUAUGGCCCGGUCCAUCCCCGAGACAAGCAGGACGUGGCCUUCAGACUGUCAUUGGGAGCAAGGGCAGUGGCGUAUGGUGAGCAGGACGUGGCCUUUCGUGGACCUUUCCCCAGCCAAAUCCUGUCCACUCCAAAGUAUCUCGAGAUUACCUACGACCAGAAAGUCUCUGUCACUCCGUCUGAAAACAUCUUUGAGAUCUGCUGCUCAGAGAGUGAGUCUCCAUGGGAUCCUAAGGCUCAUUGGGUUCUAGCUCCCAUCAUGGAGUGGGGUCCGACCACUGUCCGGUUAUCUACCAGCUUGUGUUCUCCCACUGAACAAGUAGCUGCUCUGCGGUAUGCAUGGAGAAACUGGCCCUGUGACUUUAAAGCCUGUCCAAUCUACAGCGCCAGUAAGAUUUUACCUGCUCCUCCUUUUACCAGCCAAAGUAAUCAAUGAACUGUAAGAAGACCUGCUGGGAAAUAUGUUUACUUUCAUUUUAAAGAUGUUUUUUAAUCAGUCCGUCUCAAAUUUAAAUAAUGAAUGUUAAGUACAAAAAUAAAUUGCUGGAUGUAUGUAGAAAAACAUGACAAAGGUUUUAUUUGAACAAAACUCUGAAGUGUACAACACAAAUCAGUCGUUAUGACUAAAUGUUUGAACAAAUAAAUGUAAAAUAAAAAACUAAGUUUG